CUACUCCUCCAUUUAUAUACCCCUCCCCUCUCCCACCAUUUUUUUAACUCAUCUACUAUCAUUCACAUCACAGUAUAGUAGGGGAUGCAAAAUUUCACUUCUCUGUUUUUUUACCACUCAACAACUCCAACAUGUAAUAUAUACUACGUAUAUACUGCUUAUAUAAAACAGUAAAAUUUUGUUGCUCUUCUUUACAUGAGUAACGUAACGCCUUUAUUGGAUAUAUAUACCCCAGAUCGUAAUUCGUCUUGAAUAUAUAUUUGAAUUUGAUUAAUACUUGGGUGAAUGGGGACUGAGAAAAAUAUAAGCGAUAUGAAAGAUAAGGAGUACAAUAAGUCGAAGAAGAGGCGUCGGAGGCGGAGGCGGAGGGAAGUGUCAAGGGUUCAGAAACUCUAUGAAACUUGCAAACAAAUUUUUGCUAAUUGCGGACCCGGCGUUGUGCCGUCCCCGGAAAAUGUUGAACGUGUCAAGGCAGUUUUGGAUAACAUGACUGAAGCAGAUGUUGGCUUGAUGCCGAAUAUGCCCUAUUUCAAAUCUACACUAUCUGAUGGACCUCCUAAAAUAAUGUACCUGCAUCUCCAUGAAUGUGACAAAUUCUCGAUCGGUAUCUUUUGCUUGCCACCAUCAGCAGUCAUUCCUCUUCAUAACCAUCCUGGAAUGACAGUUUUCAGCAAGCUUCUCUUUGGUAAAAUGCACAUCAAAUCUUAUGAUUGGGUGGAUAAUCUCCUUCCCCAUCAAUCUACUCCAAGUGCCAAUAUAUCUGACAAUGAUACAAGGGAUUGGACUGGACUACGUCUUGCAAAAUUGAAAAAGAAUUCCGAGUUUACAGCUCCUUGCAAAACAUCAAUCCUCUAUCCAGCUGAUGGAGGAAAUAUGCACUGCUUCACAGCAAGGACAGCUUGCGCGGUGCUGGACGUGCUUGGGCCACCUUAUUGCGAUCCUGAAGGUCGUCAUUGUCAAUACUACUAUGACUUCCCAUUUCCCAAUUUCUCAGUACACAGUAGAUGGCUUGUCAGUGCCCGAGGAACAGCAAAAUAAAUAUGCGUGGCUCAAAGAGGGGGAGAAACCUGAGGACUUCACUGUAGAUGGAGCAUUGUACAGUGGACCAGAUAUUAUAGUAAACUGAAAGAAUUCCUUGAAAUUCACAAUUGAAGCAGAAAGAAAACUUUUCUCCGCCCCCACCCUCUCUUUCCUUUUUACUUUUGAGUCCCUUUUUUAACUCUAUUCAGAUUUCAAUGGAGAAUAGUCAAAAGGGACAAAACUAGGAGGGAGGGUUUUUUCUCUUUGUUCCUGCUAUAGUUCAUGUACAUAUAUAGUCAGAUCAUAACAAGAAAGGAUAGAUGCGCCGAAAAGUAACGUUUUUCCUUUCGUUUUGCAAGUCUUAAGAAAGUAGGUAGAUCUGUACACUAAGUUUCAGUUAUACAUAAGUCUGCAUAAGGAUCAGAUUACAUUAGGUCUAAUGUAUGCACUUAUGUAGCUUUAUGUUGUGUUGUAUUUGUAUGCGCUGUGUAGCUUUACAUUGCAUUUUUACUUAACACUGUUUUACGGCUUAAAUUCACGACUUUUUGGUCA